AUGAUUGAAAUGUUAUUAGUCGCCGCUGUAAUAGCUGUCAGUUCAGCAGCUCGUCUUGAACACCUCGAACGCUCCUACCUUCCUCCGGACAACAAUAUACAAGGAAGCUCUGGCAGUAAUGGACUGGGUUCCAAUGGUUUUGGUAACUCCGGCAACAGUGGCUUCAACUCUGGCAAUGGCUUGAGCAAUGGUAACUCUGGAAGCAAUGGGUUCGGAGGAAGUGGCCACAGCACCAAUGGCUUUGGAUCAAAUGGCCAUAGCUCCUCUUUCACCAAUGGUUUUGGAUCAAAUGCCCGUGGUACAAAUGGUAAUGGUUUCUCAAGGGCAUCUCAAGGUACCAAUGGUUUUGGUUCCAACGGAGGAACGAAUGGCUUCUCCGGAGCCACUUCCAACCAGUAUCUCCCACCUGGCCAAGUUUCUUCUGGAUCUGUAGCGGGAUUCAAUUUUGGAGGACUUUCUAUUAAACCCGCGUGCUCGUCCUGUGGUCCAUCCAGAUUCUCUCAGCAAUAUAAUCAAGGAUCAGCAUCAGUACCAAGCACCAGCUACGGAGUGCCACAGUUUGGUUCUUCCCAUGGUACCAAUACUGGAUCAAACUUUGGAUCUACAUCUGGAUCAACUGGAUCCCAGUUCGGCGGUUCUGAACCUUCUGAUUCUAACUUUGGUGCUACGUCUCCAAAUGGUAACUUUGGAUCUAACUCUUUUGGAUCUCAAGGAUUACAAGGAUCGUUUGGAUCUCAAGGAUUGCAAGGAUCGUUUGGUUCUCGCGGAUCUUUGGGAUCUCAAGGAUCGUUUGGAUCUCAAGGAGCAGGCAUCAGACAAUAUUUGCCUCCGAAACCUUCAUCUCAGAACCCUCCUCAGCAGCCUUUUGACGAAAAAUUUGGUUAUAUCUAUUAG